AUGUUUACCAUUCCUUCCUUGGAUCCCUGUGUAUCUACUGGAGCCAGGUUACUCUCUGGGUGCUGGACCCACCGUGUCAUUGUGAAGGCUUCCAGGCAGCCACGGUUAGUGCCCAAACCGGAGAGGAUGGCUUCAGAUGGAGUGUCUCCAUUGUCAGCACCGGACAUGACCAUGAAAUCUGGCGCUGCCCUGUCUCCUUUCACAGCACUUCCCCUCCCCCAGCCUGCUCCUGGGCCACCAGACCAACCACCCUGGGAGCAGCCCUCACAGCCCCCGAUGCAUCCAGCAUUCUCUUUAGGCAACCCCCUGGUGCUCUCUGCUUUCCCUAGUCCAUUGCUGGUAACAGGGGAUGGGGGCUCUGGCCCCAGUGGAGCUGGAGCUAGCAAGGUCAUUGUCAAAGUCCAGACAGAAGGGGGGCCGGCUGAGCCCUCUCAAACUCAGAACUUUAUCCUUACUCAGACUGCCCUCAAUUGGAUUGCCUCAGGUGCUCCCUGUGGGGGCCCUGAGUGUCCUGCCACCGGAUUCCUGACAGCCUCCAACGUGAAGACCCUCCUGCCCACCAAGGCUAUUGGAGUGAGCCAGGAGGGCCUACCGGGCCUUUCUGCUCAGGCUCCACUGCCAGCUGCCCAACUGGCCCCCAUUGUACCCCCGGAAAAGGCUUGGCCAGGACCACGUGAGACAACUGGGGAAGGAGGUCCUCCAGCCGCCCGAUCCAAGCCCUCUCUGGGUGACCUCUCCUAUACCUCCAAGGGUGUUUAUGAGAACUUCCGACGCUGGCAGCGCUACAAAGCCUUGGCACGGAGGCACUUAUCCCAAAGUCCUGAUGCAGAGGCCCUCUCCUGCUUUCUUAUCCCGGUGCUUCGUUCCCUGGCCCGGCUGAAGCCCACUAUGACCCUGGAGGAGGGGCUGCCAAGGGCUGUGCAGGAAUGGGAGCGGACCAGCAACUUUGACCGGAUGAUCUUUUACGAGAUGGCAGAAAAGUUCAUGGAGUUUGAGGCCGAGGAGGAGAUUCAGAACAUGCAGCUGAUGAAUGGGCCACAAGGCCUGCCUCCUGCAGCCCCUCCAGGGCCCCUGAAACUUGAUCCUCCAGGGCCCCCGGCCCCUGAGGUUUGCCAGCAGCCAGUGUACAUUCCCAAGAAGUCUGCGUCCAAGGCACGGGCUCCCCGCAGGCGGCAGCGCAAAGCCCAGAGGCCUCCGGCUGUGGAGGCACCCAAGGAGAUCCCAGAAGAAGCUGUGAAGGAGUAUGCCGACAUCAUGGAUGGGCUGGUGGGGAGUCACGCCGCCACCGAGGAGUCAGAUGGAAAACAGGAAGAGCAAGAGCAGCAGCGGGAGGAAGGGAUGUAUCCAGACGCAGGCCUCCUGACGUACAUCGAUGAGCUCUGUUCUCAGGAGGUGUUUGUCUCCAAGGUGGAGGCUGUCAUUCACCCUCGAUUUUUGGCAGAUCUGCUGUCCCCAGAACAACAGAGGGAUCCAUUGGCCUUAAUUGAGGAGCUGGAGCAAGAAGAAGGACUCAGUUUUUCCCAGCUGGUCCAGAAGCGGCUCCUGGCCUUGGAAGAGGAGGAGGCAGAGGCACCUCCAAGUUGCAGUGGAGCCCAAUCGGAUUCAAGUCCUUCUGUUUCUGAUGAGGAUGAAGUGGGGGGUGGGCGGCUUCGGCCCUCACCUGGGCCUCGGGUGGCUGGGGGCACCAUUUGCCUUGAAAAGGCUGCUUUUCCAGGGAAGAGGGCAAGAGAAGUGCCUGUUGGGCAGGAGUGGGCCCUAGAUGGUCUGAGGGGGACGAGCAAGAAUGGGAACACUCUGCCAUCCCCCCGUGGCUGGGACCUGCAGCUAGAACUUGCAGCUCCACAGGGAACUCAAGGGCCCCUGGGUAUGAAGAGAAGAUCUGGGAAGGUUACAAACCCCAUACUCCCCCAUCAGGAUGCCCAUCUGGGAGGUGCUGGAUCCCCUGGGCACUCCCUGGUGGCUGAAAGGACUUCUGAGGCUCUGCCCCUUUGCUGGCAGGAAGGGCCCCAGCUUGAGCUAGUUCCCAGUAUGGAUGCUGGACUUGCAGAGCUGGCUCCUCUGCAAGGACAGGAGUUAGCAAAGCAGGCUCUGGUGCUGCAAACAGGACAACAGAUAGGGGAUCUUGGAGUAGUUCCUCAGGGGAAGGAGCAGUUAGCAGGGCCCCAGGAAGGGUCUUCAGGGACCAAGUGGGCAGAUGACAGAGGUCCUCCUGCAGCUCAGAGUUAUGGUCAGAACCCUUCCCCCAGGGCAGCCGAGGACAGGGACAGGGCCUCUCUCAGUCCAGGGCUUUGGCUGAGCAAUGAGAUGGAUGCAAUAGGCUUGGAGUUGCCCUUACAAAUCGAGGAGGUCAUAGAGGCAUUUCAUGAUGGGGAAUGUGUAACUGAGUGCCAGGGGAACUGCCAGGCACUGGGCUCCAGAAGCAACAUUUCUCUGGGUCCUGGAGAAACCACAGCAUCUGGGGAUGUGGGAAGCAGUAUAGUUCCCUGUGGAGGCACAGACACCACGACUGCCCUCGAGGAGAUAAACUACUGCAGCUUGUCAGGAUCUCUGAGGGCCAACAGCUCAGCCUCAAGGCCUAAAGAAAACAGAGAACAGAGCCCCCAAACCAUAAAGGAUUCCAGUGAUAUGUGGGCUGAAGUUUGCCUUCCGCUGUUAGAAAGGAGAAUGGGGGCUUCCAGAGAAAACCUCCUGCCUGCAAAUCAAGGCAGUAUCCUUCUCCUGGGGACCCAAGACAACUCCUUCCCUGAGGCCAGCCCAGAGGCAGGAAGCAGAGGCAAUUCCAUUUCUUCUCUGCUGGAAGCCACAGAACAUGUCAGCAUACUAGAUGUGAAAGAUGGUCGUGGCCUCCAGCUUAGGGUCAGGGAGGUUACCUGCACACUAAGUUUUAAUUCUCGUGACCCCCAAGGAGAGGGCAGAGAUGAUACUGACUUAUCUGAGCCUAAAGACCUUGCUCCCUUGCCAGGAGGUCAAGGGUCUAAUGCACACGGGGCCCCCAAAUCAACAUCCCCUCACCAGGGCCUUCGAGACACUCUCCCUAUGUGGGGAAGCAGGGACGCCUUAGUUCUGAGAGAAGCAGCUCCUGUUACUGAGACGUGCAGUUCAGCAGAUGGGGCCAGAGUGAAGGAGAAAGGGGUGGAGGAAGAUGAAGAACUCUCCAACUUUGCCUACCUCUUGGCCUCUAAACUGAGCCUCUUGCCCAGGGCACCUCCCCGCAGUCCUCGCCCUGACUCAGGGGGCCGGGGGACCCAGAGAGCAUCGCACUCCCUUGCUCCUGAGCCAAGGGGCAUUGGCCAGGCUCCCCAUCCUGUCGCCAAGCCUGGGAAGCGAGCUCUAGUUGGAAGCCUGGUGCCUGCUGAAAAGAGGCCCUUCCCUGGAGCUGAACUUGGAGCACCUGGGGAGAAGCCCCAGGCUCUGGGAGCAGCUCGAGCCUCACAGCCUCGUAAGAGAAGAAGGGAUAGCUUUGUGACUGGCAGGAGGAAGAAACGACGUCGCAACCAGUAGGGAGCAGCAGGACCACCUGUUCCACCUGCUUAUCCCCUGGGGACUAGCCCCAAUAGACACUUGUUCUCAGCCCUAUGUUGUUUUCUGGUUCUGCCAAAGUGGUGAGCGUGGGGAGGGAGGGC